GCCGGGGAGGACCGAGGGGAGGCGGCACCUGGGCGGCGGUGAUGUCAGCCCGGCGCUGUGCUCCGUCCCGGGCUCCUGUCGCCGCCUAGGGCGCGGGGCGACCGCCGCGGGAGCAGCGAUCUGGCAGCCGGGCCGGCGCCAGGAGGCGGGACUGCAACUUGUGGAGCUCGGUGGCUCUCCGCCGCAGUACAGAACUUCUAUGGACCAGUUUGCCAAGGGCGUGUAAGAUUAGAAGAGCUGAGAAAAAUCAGCGUUGAGCUCGUUUUUCUAUAAAGCUGGAGUUUGCCCCUGACAGACAGGACGAUGAUGACCGACGCUAGUGACAUGCUGGCCGCGGCGCUGGAGCAGAUGGAUGGGAUCAUAGCAGGUUCCAAAGCCUUGGAAUAUUCCAACGGGAUUUUUGAUUGCCAGUCUCCCACCUCUCCGUUCAUGGGCAGCUUGCGAGCUUUACACCUCGUGGAAGACCUGCGUGGACUGUUGGAGAUGAUGGAAACAGAUGAGAAGGAAGGGCUGAGAUGCCAGAUCCCAGACUCAACGGCAGAGACGCUUGUCGAGUGGCUUCAGAGUCAGAUGACAAACGGACAUCUGCCUGGGAAUGGAGACGUCUAUCAAGAAAGGCUGGCACGUCUGGAAAAUGACAAGGAAUCCCUCGUUCUUCAGGUGAGUGUGUUGACAGACCAAGUGGAGGCUCAGGGAGAGAAGAUUCGAGAUUUGGAGUUUUGUCUUGAAGAGCACAGAGAGAAGCUGAACGCCACUGAGGAGAUGCUGCAGCAGGAACUCCUGAGCAGGACCUCGUUAGAAACACAGAAGCUGGAGCUCAUGGCCGAGGUCUCUAACUUGAAGUUAAAGCUGACAGCUGUCGAGAAGGACCGACUGGAUUAUGAAGACAGGUUCAGAGACACGGAGGGGCUAAUACAAGAGAUCAAUGAUUUGAGGUUAAAAGUCAGUGAGAUGGACAGUGAAAGACUUCAGUAUGAGAAAAAACUUAAGGCAACUAAAUCUGUAAUGGCCAAACUCUCUAGCAUGAAAAUCAAGGUGGGUCAGAUGCAGUAUGAGAAGCAGCGGAUGGAGCAGAAGUGGGAGUCCCUGAAGGAUGAAUUGACAUCUUUAAAAGAGCAGCUGGAAGAUAAGGACUGUGAAGUCAAAAGAUUGCAGGAGAGACUGGUGUGCAAGACCAAAGGAGAAGGGGUGGACGUCCUCGAUCGAGAUGAAAAUGUUAAAAAGAAGCUCAAGGAGAAAAACAUUGAAGUACAAAAGAUGAAAAAGGCGGUGGAGUCCCUGAUGGCAGCAAAUGAAGAGAAGGAUCGGAGGAUAGAAGAUCUCCGGCAGUGCCUGAACAGGUACAAGAAAAUGCAGGACCCAGCAGUUCUGGCCCAAGGCCAGGACGGUGAGUGUGACGGGCUGUUCCACUCUAGCUCCAUCUCCACCCUGUUGGAUGCCCAGGGCUUCAGUGACUUGGAGAGGAGUACCUCCUCCACGCCAGGAAUGGGGUCUCCCAGCAGGGACCCAUUCAACACAAGCGCUCCAGAAGAGUUUCACACCAGCGUCUUGCAAGCUUCCGUCCCUCCGCUGUUGCCGCCAUGCAUGGGUGUGGAGACCUCUGAAAAGUCCAAGUUGCCUGAGACUUCCCUUGAAGAGAAUGAUGGAAAACCGCUCCUGGGUGCAGCCGUGGAAGCCCCGCCGAGCGACGGUCUUUCAACUUCAAGUCUGCAAAAAUCCAGCAGCCUGGGAAACCUGAAGAAAGAGACAUCAGAUGUCUUGGAAAAGAAGUCUAACCAGAAGCCUUCAGAGGAUAGAGCUCCAGCUGACAGCCGCACAUCUGGGACCCUGCCUCCCAAGGCUCCAGGACACAACACCUCCGUGGAUGACAACCCCUUUGGCACUCGAAAAGCCAGGUCCUCCUUUGGCCGAGGCUUUUUUAAAAUCAAGAGUAACAAGAGGACAGCAAGUGCACCAAACCUUGACCGUAAACGAAGUGCCAGUGCACCCACCUUAGCUGAGACAGAAAAGGAGACAACUGAGCACCUAGAUUUGGCUGGUACAUCUCGUCCUAAAGGUUCACAGGGGACCGGUCCUUUCCAGAUGUCUCCACCAUCUCCAGAUUCCAGAAAGAAGUCCAGAGGAAUCAUGAGACUCUUUGGGAAACUCAGGAGAAGCCAGUCAACUACAUUCAACCCAGAUGACAUGUCAGAGCCUGAAUUCAAAAGAGGAGGGACGAGGGCAACUGCAGGCCCCAGGCUCGGCUGGUCUCGAGACUUAGGGCAGUCCAACAGUGACCUGGAUAUGCCGUUUGCCAAAUGGACCAAGGAACAAGUGUGCAGUUGGCUCGCGGAGCAAGGCUUGGGGUCCUACCUGAGUUCUGGCAAGCACUGGAUUAUAUCUGGCCAGACACUUCUGCAGGCUUCUCAGCAAGACCUAGAGAAGGAGCUUGGCAUCAAGCAUUCGUUGCAUCGCAAGAAGCUCCAGCUAGCGCUGCAGGCCCUGGGGUCCGAAGAAGAGACCAACUAUGGGAAGCUGGACUUCAACUGGGUCACUAGAUGGCUGGAUGACAUUGGCCUCCCUCAGUAUAAGACCCAGUUCGAUGAAGGGCGGGUGGAUGGUCGGAUGCUACAUUACAUGACGGUGGAUGACCUGCUGUCCCUGAAGGUUGUGAGCGUGCUGCAUCACCUCAGUAUCAAAAGGGCCAUCCAAGUCCUGAGGAUCAAUAACUUUGAGCCAAACUGCCUGCGGAGGCGGCCGUCCGACGAGAAUGCCAUCACCCCAUCUGAGGUCCAGCAGUGGACCAAUCACCGUGUGAUGGAGUGGUUACGCUCUGUGGACUUGGCAGAAUACGCCCCCAAUCUCAGAGGCAGCGGAGUCCACGGAGGCCUCAUGGUUCUUGAGCCUCGUUUUAAUGUGGAAACCAUGGCUCAGUUGUUGAACAUUCCACCAAACAAAACCUUGCUGCGCAGACAUUUGGCCACCCAUUUCAACCUUCUGAUUGGUGCUGAGGCUCAGCACCAGAAGCGGGAUGCCAUGGAGUUACCAGAUUAUGUGCUGCUAACAGCUACUGCCAAAGUGAAGCCAAAGAAACUGACCUUUAGCAACUUCGGGAACCUGAGAAAGAAGAAGCAAGAAGACGGAGAGGAAUAUGUUUGUCCCAUGGAACUGGGCCACACUUCGGGGAGUAGCUCCCAGAAGGGCUUUAGAACUGGCUUGGACAUGCGCCUGUAUGAAGAGGAUGAUUUGGAUCGGUUAGAGCAGAUGGAGGAUUCAGAAGGGACAGUGAGGCAGAUCGGGGCAUUCUCCGAAGGCAUCAACAAUCUCACACACAUGUUAAAGGAAGACGACAUGUUUAAAGAUUUUGCUGCCCGCUCCCCCAGUGCCAGCAUCACAGACGAAGACUCCAACGUUUGACCCAGACAGCACCCAGGCAGGAUCAGGCGCACAGAUGUCGCUUUCCAACUCUGUCUUUGAAAUAGCGUGUGCAACAGGUGGCAGGUUGUGCAUCGUUAAUUGCUGACUUCUGCUCCCUCGGAAGUGGGGCUGUCACGCAGGGGAACGGUGCCAAUUCUGAAGAAUCCCGAGACGCUGGUGACCGGAAGCCUGCUUGCUCUGCCUCUAUUUAAUGUAAAGUCUGUGAUAUUUUCUAUUUAACGUGUUGCGUCGUUUAAGGUUGGGUGUUUUGCCAGAGUGCUUCAUUCACAUCCACGGGACGGAGGUUUGGCCACAUCAGUGUUCCCUGCAGCCGUCUAAGCUGAACGUGCUGCUCUCCAGAUCCAAGUGCUCACCACGUCCGGUGCCGCUAAAUGCCACGCACCUCCACUGGCUUCUGACUGUCUUAUUUUUAUAUAUUUUUCUAAAUAUGUGUGUAUAUAUACAGUAUAUAGAAAACAGAACUUUUAUUUUGUGACACAGGAUCCAAAGAUCGUAUUAAAAACAAACCCCAGUGUUCUCAAUUUUUAUAUACCAGCAGACUCCUGAGGAUCUCAGUCCCCUUUUCCCUCCGUUGAUACAUUUUCACGUGAUUCCCACAAACUCAUGGAGCAGUUUAAAAGCUUCAGCUUUAAUCUUGACCCCAUUUGCUUUAUAAAGGAUCUUUGGAUGCCCUUAUACCCCUCAGGAAAGUUUCUGUUAGAAUGACUUUGGAAAAACCCAGACCAAAACAGAACCUUUGCGUAUUAAGCCUCUCAUUUUCUUCUUUGCCGGAUGCACCAUGACGCUAACUAAGGAGCCCGCCUCGCCAUGCCGACUGAACCUUACACUCACACUGUCAGCUUAGGGGGCUCCGGGUGAUUUCAGUCAGGAUCCAAAACUCUGAAGCUGCAGAAUGUUUUCUAAUGGUUUUCCUGUCCGGUGGCAUGUUGCUCAUGUUUUCUGUAGCACACGGCCCUAAAGCUCUUUGUAAAGAAAAGAGGAAACCGAGAGCAGCUGUUCCUGUGGCAUGUGUAUGUGUGUGUUUUCAGCGGUGUUGGGACAAUCUGUUUUUUAUCCAGGAUGGCACAUAACGAGACCAACUGUGUACAGACAGGAGCUCACACACUGGGGUACAGGGGGCAGUUCAGUGUAUGGUAAUAGAUUUGGUGAUAACCAUUUCUAAAUGUGAGCAGUAUUCCUUCUAUAUGCUCAGCAGAUCAUGAAGCUGUGCACUGUGAAGGUUGUAACGCCACUCUUUAUUCUGACCGAAACCAUCUGAUGCUAACCCUGAUUUCCUUUGAAUGCUCCUGUUCAUGAGUGGUGACGUUAUUGGCUUCUUCCUGUACUGGGAUUUUAGUUUAACAUGAAUAAAUAUCACCAUUUGAAAAGCUCAAUUUGUUAUUGGACCCUGGUUGAAAAUGCCAGCAGACUGUUACAGAUGCCAAAUACUCUUUAUUAAGGACAAUGUAACAACCGAUGAUAUGUGAUAAAGAUAAAAGCUUUUGAUUAUAUAUUUUAUUUACGAAAGUAUUAUGCACUGUUGGCAUUUCCUUAUGAAAAGAAAUAAAGUCAAUUGAUAACUGC